ACAGGCAUUUAAUCAAGCACCGAUAGACUGACGGCAAGCAAACGACCUCUACUUUAGCAUAUGAAAUAUUAACUUUCUUACAAUUUGUUAUAUGGUUUUGUGUUUUCGGUGGCCACUGAAAACCGUUCUAUGACUAACAUUUAUAGGAUAACGUUUAGGUAACUGUAAAUCCUGUGGUUUAUAGGUUGUUACAUUAGGACAGCUUUGUAUUGCAUCAGGUUGAGGUUAAUGCUAGCUGCACCAACGUUAGCUCAGGGUGUUUCGUCACUGAAACUUCAGAUUGCAUGUGCUGUGUAAGUGUGAUUCUUUUUCACGCUGAAUAUGAUUAGCUUCGUCUCUGGAAGACCUAUUUUGUCUGGGAUUCCAGUAUGGAGAUGUCUUCAGCAAAUAAACAGAGUACCAAACUACAGCACAAACACUGUGCUGCUUCACACUCGAGCCUCCUCUGUCUUUAUGUCAUUCAGACCAUCUACCACCAGCAGACUGUUGAGCAUCAAACCUGUGAGCUGGCACACAUCACAUCUCUGCCACAAGGAUUCAAGAGGCAAAUCAGAGAGAAGUGACAGCAAAGAGGGUUUCAGUUUAAGAGCCCUCGCCAAGGCUCCCAAACCAGCUCUGUACCUGGGAUUUUCUGGUCUCAUCCCCUUUAUCUCUGCCCCUUUUCUCAUGGCUGCCACACAAUCUUUCCACCCUGAAGUGGCAUAUGCUCAAGUGGUGUACGGAGCUUCUAUAGUGUCCUUCCUGGGAGGUGCCCGUUGGGGGUUUGCCAUCCCAGCUGGUAGUCCUGCACAGCCAGACUGGAUGAAUUUGGGUAACAGUGUGGUGCCGUCGCUUCUGGCCUGGCUGGCGUUGCUCUGCAGGGACAACAUAGCUGAAGGAGCUCUAGUUGUUAUAAUGGGACUGGGCCUGUCACUGCAUUACGACCUGACUCUUCUGCCUGGCUACCCUGCCUGGUUCAAAGCCAUGCGAACUGUUCUCACUCUGGUUGCCACCUUCUCUCUGGUGGCCACGUUGGUGCUUAAAAAGUUCUGUCCAGAGAAGAAGCUCAUAGAGAUUCAGAAGUGAUUUUAAGAGGAUAGUUUGUCUCUUGAACUGCAUGAACAUAAGAAUGGAAAACCUCAGGUGAACAUCUGCAGACAGUCGUUGUGGUGCUACAGUUGAAUGAGCCAGUUUUGCUCUUAUGUAAAUAAUACAUAAUAAUUUGAAAAUAAAUAGCAGUUGUUUCCUGGGUUGCAAAAUA